UUGAACUCGUGCUCGUUUUAAAAAAGAAUAAAUAAUAAUAAAAAAAGAAAAUAAAUUUAAAAAAAAAAAUAUAUUAUUAAAGUGCAAGCUAAAGAAAUAAAAAAAAGUAUAUUAAAUAAUUUACAAAUAUUAGCAAAAAAUUGUGAAAAAAUAAAAAAAAAAAUAAUAUAUAAUUUAAGCAUUGAAGUGUGCAAGAAAUUAAACAAGUGUAAAUAAUUGUUAUGAUAAAAAAAAGUUUUACAAAUAUAAAAAUUAAAAAAUAAAAACCAACAAAAGUGCAACAAAACAAGUGAAUUUUAAUACAAUAUCCGCUUCCGUUUAAGCCAACUUCCGUAUGUCAUAUUUGAAUUUUAUAAUUUUUACUCGUUAAAAGAAGUACAACACACAGAUUUCCACAAAAAAAGAAGCGGGAAAGGACAUUGAACAAAUUAAUAAAUCAUAUUUAACUGGACGCCAUAGAGAAAAGGCAAAAGAGGAAAGACGAAGGUAGAAAAAGGAUUUUAAUAUUAAAAGUUGCUUGUUGCAAAUUAAAAGCAGCAAUAAUUUGCCAACCAAAAAGUUAAAUUAAACUACAAAAACUACUGCUACAGCAGCUUAAAAGGCAGCAAAACUAUUGCAACAACAACAAUAAUAAUUGCUACAAUAACAAGACAUGCUCUUAAAUUUAACAGCAGCAACAACAACAACAAGAUGAUAAAUAUACAACAACAAAAACCUAUUAGCAAACAGCAACAGAAACAAAAGUAUCAGCAACAUUUUCAACAUCCACAUCCUCAACAACACCAGCAGCAAAAGCAGCGACAUCUUUCCCAUCAUCAGCAUCCUCAAAAAUAUUCCCACCAUUACCACUAUCAUCAUCCACAUCAUCAGGAGCAAUUUUAUCAUUUUAGCAGCAAAGAAAUUGUAUUAAUUUUUAAACAAAUUUUACAUUCACACACAAACAUUCUGAGAUGGAAUUUAUUGACGAUAUUUUUAUUAUGCAACUGUAUAGAUUUUUGCAUUUCCAACAAAAUUUCCUCUCACACAUCAUAUUCAACUCUAAACACGGGAUCAUCAUCGUCGUCAUCAUCAUCAUCAUCAGUGAGUGCAUUCGAGCCAGACUUUGUAAUACCAUUGGAAAAUGUUACGGUGGCGCAAGGACGUGAUGCCACAUUUACGUGCGUGGUCAAUAAUUUGGGUGGUCAUAGGGUGAGUGGAGAUUCUGGAACACCAGCCAAGGUAUGUAAUCGGUUUUAAAAGGCGUAAAAAUAAAAUAAAAUUUCUACUUUUUCUUUAAAAUUUAUUUUCAAAUUUUAUUUUAAACUUUAAAAGAAAGUAAAAUUUUUUUAUAUUCACUAAAGC